CACCAAUCACUCUAUACUAGCAUGCAAAAAACGGAUAUAUAUCUUAUAAAAAAAAACAUUUAUCCUAAGAACAUAAAAAUCGUUGAAUCAAAGUAGAAAACCCAAAAAAACAAAAAAAAACCAUGUUGCCUCUUAAAAUCUCGAUUCAACGAGCGAGAAAUCUAAAGGCCUUGAAGCCUUCGAUCUUUGCUUUGAGAAGCUCUUAUUAUUUUUCCACUGGUGUUGUUGAGCCUUCUUCAAGCCUCCGUAGCCCUCCGAGAGUCCCGAAUCUUAUUGGAGGAAAGUUCGUUGAUUCGCAAUCAUCUUCAACCAUUGAUGUGAUAAAUCCCGCAACACAAGAAGUUGUAUCACAAAUUCCUUUGACGACGAAUGAAGAGUUCAAAGCUGCAGUCUCUGCAGCAAAGCAUGCUUUUCCGGCGUGGCGUAACACGCCAAUUACUACCCGUCAGCGUGUCAUGCUCAAGCUUCAAGAGCUUAUUCGUAGAGACACUGAUAAGCUAGCGAUGAAUAUCACUACUGAACAGGGGAAGACCUUGAAGGAUGCUCAUGGAGAUGUUUUCCGUGGGCUAGAGGUGGUGGAACAUGCUUGUGGAAUGGCAACUUUGCAGAUGGGAGAGUAUGUCCCAAAUGUGGCAAAUGGAAUUGAUACCUUUAGCAUCAGAGAGCCACUUGGUGUAUGUGCUGGGAUUUGCCCUUUCAACUUUCCAGCAAUGAUUCCUUUAUGGAUGUUCCCUGUUGCAGUUACAUGUGGCAAUACCUUUGUCUUGAAGCCAUCGGAGAAAGAUCCCGGUGCUUCUAUAAUACUUGCGGAAUUGGCAAUGGAGGCCGGUUUACCUAAUGGUGUCUUAAAUAUUGUUCAUGGCACCAAUGAUAUUGUUAAUGCUAUCUGUGAUGACGACGACAUUAGAGCUAUAUCAUUUGUGGGCUCUAAUACUGCUGGAAUGCACAUAUAUUCAAGGGCAUCAGCUAAAGGAAAACGUGUACAAUCCAACAUGGGAGCUAAAAACCAUGCAAUCGUCUUACCUGAUGCCAACACUGAUGCCACUUUGAAUGCCUUGGUUGCUGCUGGUUUUGGUGCAGCGGGACAGAGAUGUAUGGCACUGAGCACUGUAGUUUUUGUUGGAGACUCACAGUCAUGGGAGAAUAAACUGGUGGAAUGUGCAAAGUCUCUAAAAGUAAAUGCAGGAACAGAACCUGAUGCAGACCUUGGUCCAGUGAUCAGCAAACAGGCCAAGGAACGAGUAUGCAAAUUAAUUGAAAGUGGUGUCGAAAGUGGUGCCAGACUUCUGCUUGAUGGAAGAAAUAUAGUGGUUCCAGGAUACGAGGAUGGCAAUUUUAUUGGUCCCACCAUCUUAUCCGGUGUCACAGCUGAUAUGGAUUGCUACAAGGAGGAAAUUUUUGGCCCAGUUCUUCUUUGCGUGGAGGCUGACAGCUUUGAAGAAGCCAUCCACUUCGUGAACAGAAAUAAAUAUGGCAAUGGAGCUGCCAUAUUCACUACAUCUGGUGCUGCUGCAAGGAAAUUCCAAACUGAGAUAGAGGCUGGGCAGGUUGGCAUCAAUGUUCCUAUACCAGUUCCCUUGCCAUUUUUCUCUUUUACUGGCUCCAAGGCAUCUUUUGCUGGCGAUCUCAACUUCUAUGGCAAGGCUGGUGUUAAUUUCUACACCCAGAUCAAAACAAUAACUCAGCAAUGGAAGGAUCUACCAGGUGGUGGUGGAGUUUCUCUAGCAAUGCCGACUUCACAGAAACUAUAACGAUGCCAUGUCCUACCAACUAUCAUCUGCAAUGCAUUUGUAAACCAUAAAUAAAGUAAUUCGAGGUCUUCUGCUCCCC